AGUUUACUGUUCCUACUUAUGACAACCAAGCCUUUCUCAGGAGGAGAUGCGGCCCAGAUAAGAUUCCUAUGCCCUAACAGUUCUGAUAAGGAGAUAGAGGCGGCCAUUUAUAAAUACAACGGCGAUGAGAAUAUGGCAGUUAAUGAGUUACUCAAUCAACAGGAACGGUCAUCGACUAGGACUCAUGACCAGCAGUCCAUUGAACCCCAUACAGAGGCACGGAUAGGAACUUCUGUGGUAGUAUGGAAGAGCACUUGUGCGGGAGGGGUCACAGUCUGGGAGAAGAGGCAUUCAUGUGUUGAUGACAAUGUUCCUCCUCCUCCUCCUGCUGCUCUGCACAGGGAAGUGAGUAAGACCGUCCAGAUUCAGUGUGGCUCUUGCCGGGAAGUUCUGACGGUCCAGCUUACCGCGAUGGGAGAUCAGCCGGUGAACGCCCAGGCAACAUGCCCCCACUGCCACACUCUGAAUCAAUUCACCAUGCCUCCUGAUACGAUUCAACCAGCUCCUCGUGAGCAAGUCGAGAGAAGUGCCCAGAUAAGAUGCUGUCAAUGCCAAGGAAUAAUGACGGUGAACGUGGAAGGAUUCCGUGGGCAAGCUAUGGAGGCUGAGGCUCAAUGCCCUCGUUGCCAACAAAUGAACAGAUUCGUAUUGCCGCCUGAAAAGGAGUCACCUGUGGCGAGUGAAGCUGCUCCGUUGGAAAUGUACUCUCCGGAGAUGCCCACCAAAUUGGAGGGUCUCGACGCCACAUAUGCGCCUCUUAAUACUCCUGAGAUCACUUCUGCUGCUCCCACUGUGGCGAGUCCACCUCCGAUAGGAGCCCUGCCGCAGAACAUGCAGGUUCAGACGGUUCAAGUUGGCACAUUGGUGCCCACACUAACGGGUGUUCAGAGGGCGUUGUUGAUCGGCAUUAACUAUUAUGGCUCCAAAUGUGAGCUUUCGGGCUGUAUUCCUGAUGUUUAUAAUAUGAAGAGAUUACUGGUCGAGACGUAUCAUUGGAAUCCUAAUGAUAUCAAACUCCUCACUGAUGAUGGUCAAACUGAAAGGCCAACACGAGAGAAUAUAGUCCGAUAUAUGCAUUGGUUGGUCAGAGAUGCCAAGCCUGGUGACAUCUUCUUCUUCCAUUACUCUGGUCAUGGAGCUCAACAGGAGGACCCGACGCACCUGGAGGAGGAUGGGAUGAACGAGACAAUUAUACCUGUUGAUGUACAAACAGCAGGUCAAAUCACCGAUGAUGUUAUACAUGAGGCGCUGGUGGAUCCCCUUCCAAGUGGAGCAAGGCUGACAAGUGUGAUGGACUCUUGUCAUUCAGGAACAGGUAUGGAUUUACCUUACACGUGGUUGAAUGGUACCGGCUGGAAAGAAGAUGUGAAUCCAUGGCAUUCCAGAGGAGAUGUGCAACUAUUCAGUGGAUGCGACGAUAGUCAGACGUCUGCUGAUGCAUCAGUGGGCAAUCUCAAGGGUGGUGCCAUGACAACAGCAUUCUGUAAUGCUAUUAGGAGAAACCCAAAUGUGUCCUACACUGGAUUGAUAGAACAACUCGACAUCGAGAUGAAGAGGGAGCAUAUGACUCAAAGGCCUCAGUUGUCAACCUCUCAAACCUUUCCUGUUGAUAGACCCUUCAAUUUGACUGAUAUUCUACCCAACCAAAACCAGAAGGUCGGCCGCAUAGUUCACAAGACUUUCAAGGCUAAGCCCAACAAGAGCAGGAACGUCGCCUUGAACGCUCUCGUUGCAGGAGGAGUCGGCCUCAUGGGAGGUCUUCUCAUUGGUUCAGCGAUGAGUGAACGUCGGCGUCCCAUAGUAGUAGCGCCACGUCGCAGACCAAUCAUAGUAGCACCCGUCGGUCGUCGUCCCGGCCCGCUAUUCGUUGGAGGUGGUAGGGGUCCUUUUGGCGGUGGAGGCUUCCGCGGAAAAGGCUUCCGUGGUAAAGGAUUUGGCGGCAAAGGCUUCGGCAAAGGCUUCCGAUAGUUGUGAACCCUUCGUGUUCAAUCACUGCUUCUGUUUUUUCUGUAGACUGCUACAUUUCCAAAAGCGAAUUGUGACCAACACUUAUAACAAACAACGUUUGUUUUAUCUCUCGUUUCUGCCUUCAGUUGGGAAGGAUGUCAGCACUGUGACACUGUGUAU